AUGGCGGGCACGAGACGGCACUCUCGUGAAAGUGACACGAGUACACAUGGAAAUCAGCGCUCAGUAUCUCAUUCGACGUCAAUUGUCCAAGGGAGCGCAGAUGUUGUGGCUCCCAAGGCGGUAGAGAUCGCAGUGAGCGCUGAGGAAGGCUCUCCCCGUCUGAACGCACCCGUCAAUCCUUCCACGGAAGGCUUCUGCAGGAAUUGUAGUAAUAAUGUCGGCGAGUUCUACAAUUCAUGGCACAAAGUUACUGGCAGCUAUUUCGUCCCAACGCUGCUCGGGUCUUACAGAAGCCUCCUAAAAAGUACCGGCAAGCAGAAGGCGGCAUCCAAGGGUACCGAUUUAGAAGGAUGUACCAUUCAACCGUUGUCUUGUCCAACUCCCGGCUGCAUCGAUUCACCAAUUGGAUUUACCGUUGUUGACGUGCCCGCAGGGAAGGGAAAUUUCCGUGGCCGCGACUUCUUUAAGCUAAAUCGCAUCGAGCUGCGAUGCGAAGUAUCACCAAAUAGAACCGUCGUGGUAGAGCCCCAGGAGGACACAGCACCACCACUAUUAACCCUUGAGGAGUCCGCCAGCCCGACGCCUGAUCCGGCAACAACACCAACAGCUGCGCCAACAGAAGACAUGGAGAUCGACUCCCGUCCGCCACUAUCCCACCAUGGUGGCCACCACCAGAGUCGACAUGAGCAGCAUCACGAACACUCUCUCCAGAACCAGUCCUUGCAGCAGGCCGAUGCAGACCUGCAGUCACUGCCACUUCCCUCGUCAGUGCGAUCUCCCCCAAGGCUAGCAUCGCUACAUGCUAUCUCACAAAAACCGUCUAGCAAUACGUUUUCGUCACCGUCCCCUGCCGUGAAGCCGAUCCAUGAGGUUCAACGCGCUGCGCAACUACCUUCUAGUGAGAUUGCUGUCAAGACAACAAGUGGUUCGCGAGAUAACCCCUCCAUUAUUGCACCUCAACCUCGAUCUCCUCACGAACUACACCAUGCUAACGGUCACCAAUAUCCUCGCUCGUCGCGUGAAGUUGAACUUGACGCUAUCGAGCGCCUGCAAACACAAAUCUCUCAGAAUAGUGGUGCCCUAGCUGCCCAUACCCGCGACAUAAGACGUGGCGAAGAAUCCUUCCAGCAGCUUGAGGAAUCACUUCGGCGAGAGUUUCAAAGCCAGCUAAUUCGCCAACGUGGAGAUAUCCAGAGGGUGGACGAAGCGGUCGCAAGAUUACACCAUGAGAUGUUAGGUACACGCCAAGUGAUGGAAGGCUUGAGUCAUGAGUUACAUGCUUCGAAAGGGGAUAGGCAACCGCGAGGCUCCACUAUACCACCUGGUCAAGCGACCAGCGUUCAGGACUCAGCGCUCGAGCUUAUGGCGCAACAAAUCGCUACUAUCUCACAGAAGGCGAAUGAAGUUGAUACGCUUAAAAUCACAAUCGAGAUCAUGAAGAACAAGAUCCAACGACUGGAAGAAGGAACCGUCCCACCACUUUCCCAACCAACGCCACAAGCUUAUCAGUCUCCAAGAGAAACAAUAGCACUCACUUCCCAAUCGACCCACACUGCAGCUUCUUAUCAACCAGCGCCGGUACCCGUCUUGCACAACACUCCGGUUCAACCUUCAAACCCCCAGUCUUACUACUCUUUCGAAAAUCCACCAUCCACAACACCGGAGACAUCUCAGAGGCCCAAUCCUGUGCCCAGUCAAAGCAUUGGGUGGGCCACCGUCAAUGCUGGUGUGAAGCGGACCUUGGCAAAUGGCAUGGAGAGUCCACAUGAAACUAGCAAACAAAUACCUGGAUCUCCAAAGCGUCAGAGGUUGAAUAUUGUUGAGCCUCCUGUUACAUAUUUAGCGUCACUAAGCCACACGGAUACUGGAGGCCCAGAGGUUCAAACUCAGGUCUAUGCGCAUACACUGCCAUCUCAACAUUCUAUCCCUGAGUCUGUCCUUCCAUCACAACUACCCCAUUCGGUCUAUAUGCCAUACGGUACGCAAGAUGGUCCCUCAGACGAUAGCUGGCGGCCUGAGUCACAACGCAUCAUCGAGCAUCGCCUUCGCGGUAGAGGACGUGGAGGAGGGCCAGGAAGUCGUGGCGGAAGAGGCAGGAAGAGUAUGCCGGUCCAAACCCAUACCCUCAGGACGCCAGAAUGGGAGAAGGACGACUGGCAGAGACUUACCGAUUCGGAUACUAACUCGGGCGGAUAUUACAAUCAUGUUGCACGUACAGGGCGAGGAAUAGCGCGCCGUGGUAGCGGAGGUGGUGGCACACGUAAUAGCUAUGCACCCAGCGAACGGGCUGUGAGUUUAGGUCUACAAGGUGUGAACGCUAGUAUGGGCAUUGGACACCUGGGCGACCCAUACUCGCACACAAAGAAGACUCGGACUAAGCCGAUUCGUAACGCUGACGGUGUGCUUAUCCGGAAAGAUGGUCGCCCGGAUAUGCGAUCGCAAUCUUCGGCUGCAAACCUGCGCAAAGUGCAUGCACGUAAGGAAGGUGAUCCCAAUCAGUCACCUUCCAGAUUUACGCCUACCAAUGUUCAAUACUCCGAUUCCGCCGGUGCACCAGAUACGCCAAGUCCAAGCGGCUAUAGUUCGAAUCAGGCUGUCUCAACGAGUGUACACAAGAAGCAUAGUGCGAUCAUGGAGAAGAUAUUCCCGAGUGGCGUUGACGAAUCGCGGAAGCAACAUGACUAUACCCGCCAGGUUUUUGAAGAAGACCUUGAUCACACAGUACAUACACGCACGCAUAACCAUCAUCAAGCCAACAAUUCCUCGCUUCAGAUUAAGAAAGAGCACGUUGAGCAGAGUCAUAUUGCUGAUUCGCAGAGUUAUGAGGAAGGAGGUAUUGACAUGGAUUGUAUAGAAGAUCCCGUGAAUGAAGAAAACCAGACACAUGGCGAACAGAGCGACAACUCUGGACGUGAAUAUCAUGGAGCUCAUUCGCAAAAAAGGCCAAGAGAUAAUAAUGCGCAAAUUGUUCUAGAGACUCAGGCCGUGGAUAGCUCGGCCACAUUUGGUGUAGACUAG